UAUCAACCGUUAAAAUACUGUUUCCCUCCCGCGAAAAAGCUUUCGGAAAAUGAAAAAAUAUAGCCUUUUUCCCUUUAGAUCUUUCUUUAUUCGAUGUUCAGAACUGGAAAGUCAUGUCUUUUCCACUUGCUCCUACGCUCUCCCUCAUCUUUUUUACACAUUCUCUUCUGUAGAUCAUAAUUGAUCUGCCACAAUCGAACCCUGGAAUUCAGGGAUCGGCUUUUGGGGGUGAUCUGAAGAAUUCUUUUGUACUCGGAUAACCUGAAAGUUUAUUGUCUAAUGGUGAAAGAAUCGGAGUAUUAUGAUGUUCUUGGUGUUAGCCCACUUGCAUCUGAUGACGAUAUUCGAAAAGCUUACUAUCUGAAGGCACGCCAAGUUCAUCCUGAUAAGAAUCCAGAUGAUCCUCAAGCUGCUGAAAGAUUUCAGGUACUUGGUGAAGCUUAUCAGGUUUUGAGUGAUCCUGUGAAAAGAGAUGCAUAUGAUCAAAAUGGGAAGUGCUCCAUAUCUAAGGACACUAUGCUCGAUUCCACUGCUGUUUUUGCUGUUCUUUUUGGAAGUGAAUUAUUUGAAGACUACAUAGGACAUCUAGCUGUAGCAACAAUGGCUUCUGCUGAAUUAGUCAGUGAAAGUGAUAACCCAGAAAUAUUGCAUCAAAGAUUGAAGAGUAUACAAAGGGAAAGAGAAGAAAAACUUGCUAGAUCACUCAAAAACUUCAUCCACCCAUAUGUUCAUGGUGAUAAAGAAGAGUUUUUACAUCUUGCUGAAUCUGAGGCAGAUCGACUUUCACAAGCAGCUUUUGGAGCAAAUAUCUUGCAUACAAUUGGAUACAUAUAUGAAAGACAGGCUGCACAAGAGCUUGGAAAGAAAGCCAUUUACCUUGGGGUACCAUUUAUGGCUGAAUGGGUAAGAAACAAAGGGCAUUUCUGGAAAUCACAAAUUACUGCAGCAAAAGGUGCUUUUCAGUUGUUGCAACUUCAAGAAGACAUGCGUCGCCAAUUUAAAAUGGAUGGAAGUCGGCCCACAAAUGACGUGGAAUCACAUCUAAGAUCCAGCAAGGAUACACUAAUGAACUCACUAUGGAAGUUGAAUGUAGUUGACAUUGAAGUUACCCUUUUACAUGUUUGUCAAAUGGUUCUCCAUGAAAAUAAUGCCAAGAAAGAGGAACUUAAAGCUCGUGCUGUGGCUCUAAAACUCUUAGGCAAAAUAUUUCAGAGAGAAAAACUUUCACAAAGUGUUGGAACAUCGAAGAACAAAAUAGCUUCAGAUAUUCAUGAUGAUACAAGCAGCUCUGAUGAUAGCAGUGAUGAUGAUGAUGAUUCACCAAGAACACUCAACUAUCGAGUGCCAUUAAUCACACAGGGAAUUGGUAGACUAUUCAGGUGCCUGUGUAAUCCAGCAUAUGAUGUGGAUGAUGAUGAUGAGAUUGUUUACAAAGGCAACAAAUGAUCGAUGAGUGGUGUCGAUAAUGUUAUUAGCAACGGUUGUUGAAGAUUGGUCAUGUAAAGUCCAAAAAGAAAGAAAAGGAUGCAAAGAUCUUGGAUAUAGAGGUGCAAUCGGUUGAUUAAAUUGAAUAUUGUGUGUUAUUUUUCCUUAUACAACAUUGAUAAUUGAACAUAUGUGAAAUUGCUCGCUCUAACCUUUUUGUAAGGAAAAAAAUACUUUGCGGUCUCUUUCUAGUGAUCUACGAUUCAUUGGGUAUACAUUAUUAAGAAUAAAGAGUGUUUGUGGAUCUUGUUUCUUGAUGGAAGGUGUAGGAUUGUAAAUUGAGGUG